AUGAUUCAAUUUAUUCUUCUGUUCAGUCGACAGGGGAAACUUCGUUUACAAAAAUGGUACACACCGCAAACGGAGAAGUCGAAGAAGAAGAUCACACGUGAAUUGAUCGCGGCAGUUCUUUCACGUAAACCAAAAAUGUCAAGUUUUCUCGAAUGGAAAGAUCUGAAAAUAGUCUACAAACGAUAUGCUAGUCUUUACUUUUGUUGUGCGAUUGAACAAGACGAUAACGAACUAUUAACAUUGGAAACCAUUCAUCGUUAUGUAGAACUGCUCGAUAAGUACUUCGGCAGUGUUUGUGAAUUGGAUAUUAUUUUUAACUUUGAAAAAGCCUAUUUCAUCUUCGAUGAAUUCAUCCUUGGCGGGGAAAUUCAAGAAACAAGUAAAAAAAGCGUUCUGAAAGCUAUCAAUGAUCAAGACAUCAUUCAAGAAAUGAUCAUACGACGUCUAUCGACACAUCGAUUUUCUCAUCCAUUGAGAAUCCUAGGUAUCGAAACAAGUUGUGACGAUACAGCUGCAGCUGUCGUCGACAGUGAACGAACCAUUCUAAGUGAAGCAUAUCGAACUCAAUUGAAAUAUCAUCAACCGUGGGGUGGAAUUGUACCAAGUAUCGCCAAAAAGCAUCAUUAUGAAAAUCUAGUACCAGUCAUUGCUGAGGCAAUGAAAGAUAUCGAAUGGAAUACAAUUGCCGCGAUUGCUACAAGUGUCAAACCAGGUCUGGUGAUUUCGUUAUGGCAAGGAAUAAAUUUUACUCGUCAACUUCUCCAUAAAUAUUCCCAUCUAUCAUUUAUUCCCAUUCACCAUAUGGAAGCACAUGCGCUUACUGUUCGAUUAACACACAAUGUUUCUUUCCCGUAUAUGGUUUUAUUGGCCAGCGGUGGCCAUUGUAUUUUGGGAAUUGUGGAAGAUGUGGAUAAAUUCUAUCGGUUAGGUGAAACGAAAGAUAUUGCGCCAGGAGAAGCGCUGGAUAAAAGUGCUCGAGCGAUGAAACUGCACGAACAUACACUUGUUCGUGAUAUGGUUGGUGGAGCAGCAAUCGGACGGUUAGCUCGAGAUGGUGACGAAAAUCGAUACCAAUUGAUCACGCCAAAAUAUUCUGCUAAAAUGAAAGAUUGUUCGUUCAGUUUCGGCGGAAUGUUAUCUCAAAUUAAUCGAGUUGUCGACAAAGAAGCAAUCUAUUGUGGAUCAGCGACUUCCGAUGAACAGCAAUUGAAAGAUUUUGCUGCGUGUGUCCAAGCAAGUGUGGUUCGACAUAUCGAAACACGUAUUCAUCGCGCAAUACUGUUCUGUGAUGCCAUUAAAAAACGGCAAUGGAAACGCACGCUUGUUCUGUCAGGAGGUGUAUCAAGUAAUCUGUAUCUUCGACAACGUAUUCACGAUCUUUGCUCUCACUAUGGCGUUGAACUUGUUUGUCCACCACCACAAUUAUGCACUGAUAAUGGCAUUAUGAUUGCUUGGAACGGCAUCGAACGGUAUCAACGGUCUUUGAAUGUUCUAUCCAAAAUGCCUGAAGAUCUUGUGCCUGAAGGUCGAUCACCCCUUGGACCGGACAUUUCCGAACAAGUUCGAACGUGUAAUAUUGAUGUGCCGUUCAAUUGGAAAAAUCUUCUUGAAAAGAAGCCUCUUUCAUCAUAA